AUGGAUAUUGACAAUCGCCCGACAAAGAGGCGUCGCUUCUUCGUCGACGAUCCAGACGAUGAGGCUAUUUCUUCUUCGAAACAUGCUUCCUCCUCGAGCCGACCUCAAUCCGCUCAUUCGGUUGGUGGCGAGCGAAUCCUGACCGAGACUGAGCCAGCAGACCUCCAGCCAGCAAACGAUGUGGUUUCGAAGACUUCCUUUGAUGUAGAUACAUUCUGUGCUUUCAUCGGAGAGCAACUGGACCAGGAUGUUGUUCAAAAGAUACAGGAUGCCUCCAAUGGUGAUAUGGAGCGAGCAGUCAAUAUGUACUUCGAUGGAUCCUGGAAGGCUGGUGUACCAGCACAUCCACCAACCAAUGGCCUGUCCUCGUGGAUGGCCAAGAGUCAACCACGGGUGCGAUCGCCGAAGGAGCCAGAGGAGGUUGCACUACCAGUUACGCUGAAACAGAUGCCUGCAGAACGAUAUGUUGGCUCGUUCGGAGUCGAAGGAUGGUCAACGAAGAGUGGUUUCAAUCUCCUGCGAUCGGGCGAAAAGGUUCGGAUCGAGCGAUCAAAACUAGCACCGAAGACAAAAUUAGGAAGAGGAGGCAAGUCGGUGGUUGUCCCUUCUCGCAAUCAGAAAGCAGACGUAAUCACUCGCUUCACAAACUCUAAGGGGGAAGAGAUCGGAAGAUUACCUGAAGAUGUUGCACGCUGGGUGGCCCCUCUACUUGACCAAAAGAUCUGCAGACUAGAAGGUGUUUGCGUAUUUGCUGAAGAACGAUUAAGGGUCAACGACAAUGUGUACCUCCAGAUCCAGGCUUUCAUGCUAAAAUCCGCCUUCGAAAGCAGCAAUUUUAUCAAGCCAGAUGACGACAACCGCGAGACUGGCUUCUUCCUGGAGAAGGAAAGCACAGAAGAAAAAGACCUCAGGCUAAGACAGGUCGCCCUGGUCAAGCUCUUUGAUGAGAUUAACCUCCAUCCUACCACUACAAGUACGACGACAGCCAAACACAAGCGACAAGGCCUGCUCAAAGCCGCAGAAAUGGCAGAACAAUACGAGAAGCAAAAGAAAGAGACGCCGAAGGCCACAGAUACUUCUACACCUCAGUCUGAAGAGGAGGAAGAGGGCGAGGAGCUCGAAGAAGAUCAGCUUGAUAUGCUUUACAGGAAAGCUCAACAAUUUGACUUCAACACGCCUGAAGCCCAACCGGCCUCGAGCUUUACACUUGAGCUUCGCAAGUAUCAGAAGCAAGCAUUGCAUUGGAUGCUAAGCAAAGAGCGCGACGAGAAGUCAGAUCGGCAAGCAUCCAUGCACCCAUUGUGGGAGGAGUAUACGUGGCCAAGCAAGGAUGCGAAUGACCAAGCCUUGCCAGUCAUUGAAAGUCAGGAGAAAUUUUACGUGAACCUCUAUUCCGGAGAGAUUAGCCUCGAUUUCCCAGUGCAGGAGCAGAAUUGUCUAGGAGGUAUCCUAGCAGACGAGAUGGGUCUAGGCAAGACUAUUGAAAUGUUCAGCUUGAUCCAUACCAAUAAAUCCGCUGAAGCACAAGCCGCUUCAGGACAGAGUGUAACUAACGUUAACCAGUUGCCUCGACUACCACAAACCACUGGUGGUGUGGAAUCAGCGCCUUGCACAACUCUUGUGGUUGCGCCAAUGUCACUAUUGGCACAGUGGGAGAGCGAAGCAGUGAAGUCUUCCAAGGCUGGUACCAUGAAGACAUUGGUUUAUUAUGGCACAGAAAAAGGAAAUAAUCUGCAGACCCUCUGUUCUGCUGCAAAUGCUGCAUCGGCACCUAAUGUGAUCAUCACAAGCUAUGGAGUGGUUCUGUCUGAGUUCAACCAGAUCGCAUCGGCUGGAGGUGAUCGAGCUAUCACUGGAGGCCUAUUUUCUGUUGACUUUUUCAGGGUCAUCCUCGAUGAAGCACAUACGAUCAAAAAUCGACAAGCAAAGACAUCCAAAGCGUGUUAUGAGCUUAAAGCCAAGCACAGAUGGGUGCUCACAGGCACGCCGAUUGUCAACAGACUGGAAGACCUUUUCAGCUUGGUUCGUUUCCUGAAGGUAGAACCAUGGAGCAACUUCUCAUACUGGAAAACAUUCAUUACGGUACCAUUUGAAGCCAAGGACUUCGUCAGAGCACUCAACGUGGUGCAGACAGUUCUGGAGCCGUUAGUACUCAGAAGGACAAAAGACAUGAAGACGCCUGAUGGUGAGGCUUUAGUGCCACUGCCACCGAAGUUGUUACAGAUCCAAGAAGUUGAGCUAUCGAAAACAGAAAGAGAAGUUUACGAUUUGAUCUUCACACGCGCCAAGAGGACUUUCAACGAAGCAGCAGCCGCAGGCAACAUCAUGAAAUCGUAUACCACCAUCUUCGCCCAAAUCUUACGUCUUCGACAGUCUUGUUGUCAUCCUGUGCUGACUAGGAACAAGGACAUCGUAGCAGAUGAAGAGGAGGCUGCCACGGCUGCCGCUGCAGCAGAUGUGAACGGUCUAGGUGACGACAUCGAUCUGCAAGAUUUAAUCAAUCGAUUUACAGCGGACGCUGAGGUAGCUGAGAAGGACAAGCUGGAUAAGGACCCGAUUUCUGCCUUCACGACUCAUGCUCUACAACAGAUUCAGAGUGAUAGCAGUGGCGAAUGUUCGCUGUGUUUCGAUGAACCUAUGAACAACCCAGUGGUAACGACUUGUUGGCAUAGUACAUGUCGCAAGUGCCUUGAAGAUUAUUUAUCCAAGCAAGCCGACCUGAAGGAACCUCCACGAUGUCCAAUAUGCCGCGGUACAAUUAACCCCAGGGAUAUCUUCGAAAUUGUCAAAUAUGGAACCGGUGAUUCUGACAACACACCCGAUCCUGCUGCUGAGCAAGACGAGGACUCCGAGACACAAGACAUGUAUGGAGGUGAUCGACCUAAGCCUCCACGAAUAUCCCUUAGACGACUGCACCCAUACAGUCCAACCGCCUCGACAUCGGCCAAGAUAGCUGCUCUGCUUAAUCAUCUCAUAGCACUUCCAUCAACAACAAAGUCCGUGGUCUUCUCCCAAUUUACCUCGUUCCUAGACCUGAUCGGACCUCAACUAGCACGACACAACAUUUCCUAUCUGCGUUUCGAUGGUACAAUGUCCCAGAAAGUACGAGCACAAACACUUCGAGCGUUUAACGCUGAGGGUGCAAAUUCACCUCAGGUCCUGCUACUUUCUCUCCGUGCUGGUGGUGUAGGACUCAAUCUUACGACCGCCUCGAGAUGUUUCAUGAUGGAUCCGUGGUGGUCAUUUGCUGUUGAGGCACAGGCCAUUGAUCGUGUACAUCGUAUGGGUCAAACACAAAAGGUCGAGGUAGUGAGGUUCGUGGUCAAGGAAAGUAUUGAGGGCAGGAUGCUAAAGGUGCAAGAGAAGAAGAUGGCUGUUGCUGGCACGUUAGGCGUUGGCCAUGGUCAGGGUGGUGGUGGAGGUUCGAUUGAGGAUCUUCAGAUGCUGCUUGCGUAG